UUCUGAACUUGAGAUGAAUAUUUCAAACUUAUCCCUGUCAUUUAGUCCCGAUGCUGCAAUGAAGGUUCCAAAAGUUAUGGAAGCUGUUAUGCACAUAAUGUACAUCACUGUGUCAGUAGCUGCUAUUGGCGGAAAUGGCAUGGUUGUCUACAUCGUUCUCGCCUACCAAAGAAUGAGAACAGUAACUAACUUCUUUAUCAUAAACUUGGCAGUUGGAGAUAUUCUAAUGGCUUGUCUUUGCAUACCGUUUGGAUUCGUGUCUAAUCUUCUUCUCCAGUAUUGGCCAUUUGGUGCAGUUAUGUGCGUUCUAGUAUCUUACGCACAAGUUGUGUCUGUCUUCAUUAGUGCAUACACUUUGAUCGCCAUCAGCAUAGACAGGUACAUCGCCAUUCUGUACCCACUGAGACCCAGAAUGACAAAACUACAAGCCAAACUCAUUAUCGUCCUUGUGUGGAUAGUAGCCCUUAUCACCCCACUUCCAACUGCAAUUCUGUCUGAGCUAGCUGUUCACCCGGCAUGGAGUGGAGAGAAUGAGACAACACGCUAUGUCUGCACUGAAUCUUGGGAAAGUCCAGAACAAAGGUACUAUUACAGUAUGGCACUGAUGAUAUUACAGUACUUUUUCCCCAUGACGGUGCUUCUCUACACAUAUACCAGGAUAGCUAUUGUUGUUUGGGGUAACAAGCCACCAGGAGAAGCAGAAGACGUCAGAGAUCAAAGACUUGCUGCAUCAAAAAGAAAGAUCAACCCCCAGGCGAGGACGCCCGGCAAGGCAUAAUGGCCGUGUGGUAAUUCGCUCCUACAACUCAACCUUCCUCCUUCCUGCACCUGGCAACCGCAUCAGCAGCUAGAUGAUUCUCGAAGCUGUGUGAUAAGUUAACUUCUCAACUUCUGCGCGUGAGCGAUGCUGCGACGGCAACGUGGUGAACGGAUCCUAAAAAGUAUUACGUAGUAGUUAAGAGACUUUAAAACAUUUCCAUUUGGUGUGAGGAUUACCACUAUUGUUAUGGCACCCUAUGCUAUGGACCUAAAUUUUUAUCUUACUUCUUUUCAUCGUUCUGUUUCUUUUUUUUUUUUCAUUAAAAUACUAAAUCUUAACAUUGGUGUCAUUCUUAAAGUAAAGUAGAAAGACACC